AUGCAACGCAUGCCACCUCCCGAUGGGCACCAUGUGCCUCCCGGCCCGCAUGGUGUCUACGAGCAUGCAUGGCGCCCUCCAUACCAUCCUGCACCCUACGACGGCCACGCGCCGGAUUCCCGCCGUACCUCAACCGCCUCAGCACCGUUGCCUCCCCAAUACCCAGUCAACCCCAACCCUUCCCCCUCCGGACCAGAGGGUCCCUACGGCCGACCCAGUAGCUUAUCAGGCCCUCCUCCCCACCCGGCACAAGACUUAAGUCCAGUACACGCAAGCUAUCGUCCGAUAAAUGGAACACCACACGAGUCAUCGCCACACUCUGCCCCACCAGACUAUCGGGCGCGCAUGGGCUUUCAACCGCCCGAGCAGCUCACCCCCACUGAGUCAACACCGACAUCUGCUUCUCUACCUCCAUCAUCUCAAUUUAUGACACCGGCGCCACCAGUCCCUCCGGGCACGCCUGGUCCCUAUGACCCGGGAUAUUAUCAGAACCCGGCUUACGGGGCGCGCCAGCGCAAGGCGGCGCGAGCAACCCAAGCUUGCGAUCAAUGUCGUGCGAGAAAGGCUAAAUGCGACGAGGGACGACCGGCUUGUAGUCACUGCAAAGAAAACAACUUGAUUUGCGUGUACAAAGAAGUACCACCUCACAAGCAGGAGAAAACGGCUCAGUUGUUAUUGGAUCGACUGAUGGAGAUGGAGGACAAAUUCAUCGAUCGUAUUGGCAGAGUGGAGAAGUACCAGGCUGAUCAGGGCCAGAUCCUCGAACAGCUUCUGGGUCAGGGGCCGAGUGAGACAACCCGCGCGCUGAAAUACCGCGCAAAUGCUCCUAUCCCGCCUCGAGACCCGGUCUUGAAGACCGAAGCCCCCGCUAUGCAGGCCAUGCAAAGCAUGCAGGCUAUGCAGACUAUGCAGCCCAUUCAACCGGACAUAGUUGACGACAAGAGUCCAUUCUUCGGACAGCCAGCACAGCCUGCUCUGAACCCUAACUCGAGUUUCGACGAUGUGAAGAAUGACAAUGAGGGAGAGCUUUCGAUACCGGUGGAGCAUACAACCGCCGCACACAAACUUUUGAUGUGGCCCUCUAUUAAGAGACUAAUUGUCCCUCACGAGUAUGACGAGGACUACGUUAUGAGAUUGGAGGAAGAGCGCGGCCUUAUCAGUGUAUAUGGACAGGGCGAGAUUUCGUCGACAGCCGAUGACACCCAACUUCCUUCAACCCCAAUUACUCGCGACGGCGGUAGCUUUGAUGAGACCCGUAUCAACGGAGACUCCAAUGUUCUGACAGGUGCGACAUCGGAUCCGGUUGACGUUGAUAUUGACAGCUUCGGCCGGCUGAGCCUAGAUGCGAAAACGGCUCGACGGUACUACCAAACUUACCUGGAAAAGAUUCAUCAGCUUCAUCCUUUCCUCAACAAGCCAGAGCUUGAUGGAAAGGUUGAAGCUUUCAUCAGAUCUUUCUGCCCCCGGGACACCUCGCCACUUCAACAGAACUCUACUCUUUGCCGAGAGAACUCUCGUCCGAUGAAACGAAAGCGUUCCCAUGAAGAUCUGCAGGGUAUCCGCGGUGGGUCUGUGGACGCUGCUGCUGCCUCCGUUCGGCCACGCGUGGGCCGGAAUAUCGACAAUGCUAUCAUUCUGCUGCUUUUUGCGCUCGGUGCUAUCUGCGAGACCAAGUCUCCCCUUCCGGGGCCCAUAAUGAACAGACCCGACUAUCUCGACGAAAGAAUCCCUAAACCCCUUCCGCCUAUUGGGCCCCCUCCUGCCGUGAAUGGCACCCAUGUCCAUAAUGGUGUUCCCUCCCCUGCAAAUUCGGAUUCUGCUCUGCCAACAUCAGCAUCGUUCUAUAACUCGCAACUUCAUUCUACGAGCCAGUCCUUCCCGUCCUCAGUAACUGAAAUUCGAGGUCAGAACUACGCGUCAAAACGAUCUAUUCCACGUACGAGGAAUGAAUUUGGUCAUGUCAAAAAUCUGCAGGUUAUUCCAGGCUUGUCCCUUUAUGGUUACGCAACCACCGUCCUAGGUCUUCUCCAAGGCGGCGUUGAGCUAGAGCAUGUACAGGCAGGGUUACUUGCUGGACUCUAUGCUGGCCAGCUAGCACACCCUUUCCAAAGCCAUGGCUGGAUCUGCCAGGCUGCAAGAGCGUGUCAAGUCCUCGUUCGACAAAAGCGAUAUGAGCGACUUGACGAUAACAACACCAUAAAGGAUCUCUACAACUUUGCCUAUUGGACGUGCCUGCAACUGGAGAGUGAUCUGCUCGCGGAGCUCGAUAUUCCCGCAAGUGGUAUUUCCCGUUCCGAGGGUCGGAUGGGUCUUCCUAAGGGGGUAUUCAUUCCUCUACCCGACGAGAGUGGCGCACCUUCAACCAUCAUGAUGAUGUUUUACUCGGCCCAGAUUCACCUUCGAAAAGUUCUCAACCGAGUACAUACAGAUCUAUACAAAGUUGAAAAGCAGGGUCAAACGCGCUGGUCAUCCAAUGUGCAGGAAGCUCUUAGCAUGAACCUCGACCUCUGGCGAACUAGUCUCCCCACCACCAUGAGCUGGACCGACAAGGAACCGCCCGCCAAGGACAUCAACGCUGCGCGUAUGAGAGCCAAGUACUACGGAGCUCGGUAUAUCAUUCACCGACCUCUGCUAUACCAUGCGCUCCACUAUGGUCAGACAGGCGCCCGCGUCGGGUCCGUUGCCCAGACCUCAGUCGAUUCACCCACCGGAUCUGCCAACAAUUCGCAAACACAGCAGAUGUCGCCUUCAAUGACGCAGGCCGGCCAGCGCGCCCCAGGCAUGACCCGGAUGAGCUGGACCGACAAGGAACCGCCCGCCAAGGACAUCAACGCUGCGCGUAUGAGAGCCAAGUACUACGGAGCUCGGUAUAUCAUUCACCGACCUCUGCUAUACCAUGCGCUCCACUAUGGUCAGACAGGCGCCCGCGUCGGGUCCGUUGCCCAGACCUCAGUCGAUUCACCCACCGGAUCUGCCAACAAUUCGCAAACACAGCAGAUGUCGCCUUCAAUGACGCAGGCCGGCCAGCGCGCCCCAGGCAUGACCCGGAUCAUGAGCAACAUAGGCAAUCCGCCCGCCGAAUUCAGUUCCUUUGCAAACGGCUGGACCCCACCCACCGUUGCCUUGCGCGAACUUCCACAGAAACUCCGCCGCGCUUGCAAAGUCUGCAUCGAGUCCGCAAUCCUAAGUACCACAGCAUUCGACGGAAUCCCCGAUCGCCUCGUCGUGACCAAUAUCUUCGGCACAGCCCAUGCUCAAUUCGGAAAUAUGCUUGUCCUCUCCGCAACAUAUAUGUCCAGCCUCUCCGAGCUCGUUGAACGCUCCGUUCUUGAACGCCUUCUCAAACGCACAAUCCGCUUCCUCCUCCGCAGCGAAAACAUCUCACCUACCCUCCGCGCCGACGCAAAGAUCCUCACCGAAAUAUAUAGGAAGAUCUUCGGCAAUGACCCCGUUCUCAACUAG